AUGCGUGCUUUUUACUGGAACAUUAGAGGGAUUAAGAGGGCAGCUGCUAGGACUGCCUUGAGAAGCUUUAUUAAAGAAAAAAACCCAGAUAUUAUUAGUAUUGCUGAGCCGAUGGUGGAUGCAUCUAGUUUCCCUUUGCUGUUCUUUAAUAAGCUGGGCUUUGAGGCGGAUUUUUUUGUCAACAAGCGCCUCAACAAAGUCCCUAACCUUUGGGUGGUGUGGAAGCGAGGUCUCUCGAAGCCCUCGGUGGUGAUGGAUUCAGAACAGCAGUUAAUAGUGACAGUUGAUUGGGUUCAUAGGAAAGUUCAAUUGAGCUUUAUUCAUGCGAAAUGCUUGAGAGCGCAGAGAAGAGACUUGUGGAUGGAACUGGGUGCGAUGGCACCUCUAGAUUCGUUACCUUGGCUUGUCGUUGGGGACUUCAAUGCAACUCUUGAAUCGCAUGGAAAGAAAGGUCCAGGGGCUUUUAGUUUGGGGUCGGCUAUGGAGUUUGGGGCAAUGGUGGAUGCGUGUUCGCUCAUGCCUAGAUUUUGGUUGGAGCAUCAGUCCUUCAUGGGCAUGGUGGAAGCUUCGUGGAAGGAGUGGAUCAGUGGCUCUUCUUCGUUUGUGUUGGCUCAGAAAUUGAAAAGACUUAAGCCUACUCUGAGGGCAUGGGCUAGAGAGAAUUUUCCUAACUUUGAGGUUCAGAUGCAAACAACUAAGACUGCGUUGGAGUCGGUGCAGGCUGAGAUUGAUAGAUUAGGGAUGACCUACCAGCUGUUUGCUUGUGAGAGCGAUGCAAAAAUGGCCUACUCUAGGGAAAUGGAGGGAUAUGAGAAGCUUUGGGCUGAGAAAUCCAGGGUAAAAAGGAGGACUCUGGGUGAUAGAUGUAGUAAGUUCUUCCAUCUCACUACGAAAUUGAGGCGUGCUAGAAAAACCAUUCGUACUUUGAAGAAGGCUGAUGGUGAGGUGCUCGUCGAUCAGGAUCUGAUCAAACACCACGUGGUAGAUUUUUUUGAGAAUUUUCAUAAGGUGGUGGAGGUGACAGAGCAUGCAAAGAUUCUGGAUUGUGUGCCCCAGGUGUUGGAGGAAGCGGAUAUUUUUCGUAUGGACUCGGUCCCGUGUGAGUCAGAGAUUCGAGCGGCUGUGUGGGAUUUGGAUGCGGACAGUGCUUCAGGGCCUGAUGGCUUCCCAGGUGCCUUCUUUAGAGCUUGUUGGGAGUUGGUUGGUUCGGAUGUGUGUAAAGCAGUGUGCUUCUUUUUUUCCUCUAGCCACAUCCCUGCUGGGAUUAACAACUGCCUUCUGGCCUUGAUCCCCAAGGUUAAUGGUGCUGCUUCUCUGGAUAAGUUCAAAUCGUUAUGCAUGGGGAAUUUCUUCUGUAAAAUUCUGUUCAAAAUUAUGGCAUGCCGGUUGGAAGGAGUCCUCUCUAGGCUGAUCUCGUCGGAACAAGGUGCAUUUCAGAAAGGGAAGGUUAUCCAUGAAAACAUCACCUUAGCGUCUGAGCUUGCUAAUUUGAUGUCUGCGGCUAUCAGAGGAGGGGGUUUGGGGUUGAAGAUCGAUAUCCAAAAGGCCUAUGACACAAUUUCGUGGGACUUUAUAUUCAAAGUGCUACGAAAAUUUGGUUUUAUGAAAAGAUGGAUUAAUUGGCUGAGGAUUCUGCUCUCCUCCACAAGAAUUUCGAUUCUUGUGAAUGGAGGUCCGGUGGGCUUCUUUGGUGUUGAACGAGGGUUUCAUCAGGGGGAUCCUAUCUCUCCAAUGAUUUUCAUUAUUGUGGAGGAGGUUCUCUGUAGGGGGUAUGUAAGGAACCUUAAGGAUUUUCUUUGCAAAUACCAAGAGUUUUCUGGGCAGCGCAUUAAUCUGGAAAAGAGCAAACUUUUCCUGGGUUCCAUCCCUCCUCAGAGACGCCAGGUGAUCAUGGAGGUGCUUCAAAUGCCGAUCUGUAACUUUCCUACUAGAUACCUCGGGAUGGAUAUCUCAAAGGGUCGUGUCAGGAAAAAUAUGCUGUUGCCUGUGCUUGACAAAGUGCACAAUAGACUUGCAGGGUGGAAAGGUAAACUCCUCUCGAUGGCGGGGCGUGUUGAGCUAGUGAAGUCAGUGGUGUCGAAUAUGCCUAUUCAUAGCUUUUUAGUGUACUGGUGGCCUUCGUCUAUGAUUGUUACUUUGGAACGUUGGAUGAGGAAUUUUAUCUGGACUGGUGAUGCGGAGACUACUAAGGCCAUUACUGUAGGGUGGGAUAAAAUUUGCAGACCUAAGGACAAAGGGGGUCUUGGGAUCAGGCGCCUCAGGGAUGUCAAUAAGGCCAUGCUUAGUGUUAGAAGGGUGUGGGGCUUUGUGUCGGCUAACGAACGUUGGAUCUUGGGGAACGACAAGAAGAUAAAAUUUUGUUCGGAUAAAUGGUUGGGGCCGAAUUCGAUUAAAGAAGUUACUAGGCUCGAUGAUGCUUUCUUCAGGAACAAGGGGACCAGAGUGGGUGAUUUUAUUCAGGUCGGUGGUUGGAGGCUUCCUACGGUUAGAUCGACUGCCUUGAUCGAGAUAUUCAAAGUGAUUAAAAGCACUGAUAUUCCUUGUUAUUAUGUGGAGGAUUCGGUGUGUUGGGGCCCUUCAAAAUCGGGUGAUUUCACUACGGCGUCGGCUUGGGAAGAGUUGAGAUUGAAGGGUCCUAAAGCUCCUUGGGUUCAACUUGUUUGGCAUAAAAACCUGCAGCCUCGCCAUUCUAUGUUUGGGUGGAGAUUAGUGCAUGGGAGGCUCCCCACAGAGGAGGAAUACCAGAGACGGGCUGUUAGUUUAGCAUCCAGAUGCAUGCUGUGUAAGAAGCAGUGCGAUUCAGCCCUUCAUUUGAUCCUCAAUUGUGAGUUUAGUAAUGCUGUGUGGGGGGAAUUUUGCUCUUGGUUUGGCAUUGGUCGGAAUCAGCCAGCUUCCAUUGUUGAUUUUUGGGAUUGGUGGAAAAGAAAGCGUCGAUGCACGAAUGUGAAGGAUCCUUGGGCUGUAGGGGCCGUUGUCACCUGUGCUACCUUAUGGGAGGAGAGGAACAGAAGGUGUUACGAGAACUGUUAUCGCAGCCAAAGGCAGAUUCUUGAGAUCAAACUAAAUAUUGAUGGUAGCUCUCUUGGGAACCCUGGAAGGGCGGGCACGGGAGGUGUUUUCCGUAAUCACCAAGCGCAAGUGGUGUUUUCCUUUAUCAGGUUCUUGGGGAUCUCUAGCAGCUAUGCGGCGGAGUAUGAGGCCCUUCUUGGUGGUCUCUCCAAAGCCAAGGAGAUGGGGUUCAGAGAGCUGUGGAUUGAAUCCGACUCGGCUUCAGUGGUUUCGUCUAUCCAGUCCUCGAACAUCCCGUGGUUUGCUAGGCAGAGAUGGAUGGUUCUCGAGCCGUAUCUGGACUCUUGCAACUGGAAAAUAACUCAUUGCUUCAGGGAGGCCAAUCCCAUAGUGGACUUCUUGGCCAAACAGGCAGCGAAAUUGGGUUCUUCAGUGACCAACUGUGCUCUUCCUAGACACAUUGAGGAUCAAUUGGCUCGUGAUGCCAUGGGUCUGCCGAGAUAUCGGUUUUGGUAA